AAACUUUCCAGUAGCACUACCGGCGGCUGCUGCACCAGGGUUACUGGCACACCUCGUAAAAGAAAGAAAGAACGAAAGAAAGAAAACAAACAAAGAACUCUUGAUUUUGAUACAUUUGCUCCCUAGCAAAUUAGUGUGACAUUUCAUUUUGAAGUUCUUUGCAUUUCCAGUGAAGCGGCCCCUUGGUGUGAAAAAAAAAAGAAAAUGAGAGCUCUGCUUUGCACCGCUUUGCUUUCUCUGACCCUGGCCAGCAGUGUGUACAGUGAUACCGACAGCACUGCUUCUGCACCAGUCGACGCAGCAGAGACUGAACUUGGUGAUCAGAACCGUGUGUUUGCCAGUCGCAGCUCCAACAUCACCCUACCAUGCCGGCUCCACCGCCAGCAUGGCAUGUCUUUCGGCCGCGUGGGCAUAAGGAUCAAGUGGACCAAGCUGUCUGCGGAUGAGUCACUGGAGGAAGAUGUGCUGGUGUCCAUGGGCUUCCACAAGAAGAGCUACGGCAGCUUCCUGGGCCGUGUCCGCCUGCUGGAGGCUGACGAUGAUGACGCCUCACUGCUCAUCAACGACGUGUCCCUGGACGACAUGGGAAAGUUCCGUUGUGAAGUCAUCGAUGGCAUGGACGAUGUCAUUCAUGAGGUUACCUUGGAGGUGCAAGAUAGUGUAGGCUACAGCGACGGUGUGGUGUUCCCUUACUCCCCACGGCUGGGUCGAUACAACCUCAACUUCCACCAUGCCGAGCAGGCUUGCCUGGACCAGGACUCUGUGGUGGCCUCCUUCGACCAGCUCUACAAGGCCUGGAGGAGUGGCCUUGACUGGUGCAAUGCCGGUUGGCUGAACGACGGCUCCGUGCAGUACCCCAUAACCAACCCCAGACAGGCCUGUGGAGGAGUCAACUCCGGUGCGGGCCUGAGAAGCUACGGCCAGCGCGACAAGUCCAAAAGCCGCUACGAUGUCUUCUGCUUCACCUCUGCCGUCAACGGCCGCUUCUACUGGCUUGUGCAGCCCGACAAGCUAACGUUCAACGAGGCUGCUCAGGCGUGCCAGGAUGACGGAGCUGAGAUCGCCAAGGUGGGUCAGAUGUAUGCUGCAUGGAAGCUGAACGGCUAUGACCGCUGCGACUCUGGCUGGCUGGCUGACGGCAGUGUCCGCUACCCCAUCUCCAGACCCCGCAGGAACUGCAGCCCGACAGAGGCGGCUGUGCGCUUCGUGGGAUUCCCCGACAAGAAGCAAAAGCUCUUCGGCGUCUACUGCUUCAAGGGCCAGCAGUGAAGAGGAAAGGGCUUAGCCCUGAGCACCAAACCCAUAUCACCAUCAAAGAAAAACAACAACAACACCACCAAUAAACAAAAGAUGCAUAUCAGGACUUAAUUUGCAUGAAGUAGCAUCAGCUUACCAAUACUGUGAUACAUUUGUUUUAAUGAAUACUGUAAAAUCUCAUUUUUCAUACCACAACCGAUCCAAUGCUAUUUUCCUUAACAUUUUCAGUCAUGUAAUACGUUGCUCAUAUAAUAUGACAAUACCAUUUUUAGUUAUACAAAAUGUUGGUCACAUAAUAACACGGUACUAUGGUUGAAAUGGACUGGAUGAGUUAUCUUCGAAGGGCUAGAUUCAAUCAGAUCAGCUUUAGCCAACACCUAUAUAGCGGUUUGAUUUGGCGCUGUUUGAGGUGGAACUGCAUUAGAGCUGUCAAAUUGGUGAGCAGCUGGUCUUGAUCACGGUUGCAAAGCCACAACCGUCCCAUUCGCAUUAAAAUUGUAGGCUACAGAGAAGUAAUGUUCUAAUUGAAAAUCAUUCAAUGAAAUGAGGAUUUCUGUCACCGUAUUACGUAGAUUACGUCUCACAUUCCAGUGUUUGAACCUGGAAACAAGGCUACAAGGGAUUUCUCUUAAUUCUACUCCGUGCAGCCAAUUGCAACAUCCCUUUUAGGUAUAAUGGCAGGAGCCACUUGUGGAUUUGACAGCUCUAACACAGUUCCAACACCGCAAAAACAACCCCUGUGCGAAUGACGGCUAAAGCAGAUCUGAUUGAAUAGAGCCCUAACUAAUACGUACUGUGGCCUAUCUAGCAGCUUAUGAGCUAAAUUGCAUGAACAUAAAGACCACUGUUUGACUAUGGCAGAAGUCUAUUUGGAUUUCAGUAACGCUUCCACAGUAAUGCUACCACAAAAAAAAUCACAUAUAUAUUUCAAUCCGAAUCUGAAGUGAAUAUUCAUCUGAGCAGAGGGGCAUUUCACAAAGGAGAUUCAAGCUAACUUUCCUGAAACAGCAAACUAGGAUAUUGUUUCAGAAUUUCAGAAAUGUUUGCUAUUAAUUUACAGACCUUAAUCUCUGAAAAACACCUCGUAUUUCUGCUUUUAUUUUACUGAUACCUUUCUCUCCUCAGAUAAAAGUCAGUGAAGGAAAAAUCUCAGCGUACAAUAGGCCUAGUGUUUAAAAACAAUGACCAAGCCAUCCACUCACAGCCAAAUACAUAUCAGGAUUGCAAUACAAUUGGAGUGAAUCCUUGCAAACUAAGCGGGAACUCUGAUAUUGGUAUUUAACAGCACUACAGAAACAGCUGUAUGUCUGUGUAACACUGGAAUGGCAGCCAAACAGGGAUCCACAUUGACAAACUGCUGCUGUUGCAAAGGAUUUGGGUUGAUUGUACAUCAUCGCCUAAGUUACGAGCUGCAAAGGGCUUACAUUAAACUUCUCAGGGCAUGCAACCCCCUUUAAGACCCUGUUGCUUAAGCCAGGUGACCAUUUUGGGUGAUCCAUCCAGGCCACCCAAGACCUGCUUUGAGAACUGCCAAUUGUAUAAUUCUGGCAAAACGAUGUUGAGCAGCUUUUAACUUCACGCACAAAUAAAAACGCAGGGUCUGACUCAAAUCCUGACUUGAAGAGGUUGGUCCAGUCCAGACUCGAAGAUCAAAAGAGUCACAAAGCAUUUCAGAACAAAUAUAAAGUGGGGAAAAUGAGAGACUAGAAAUAUUGCAUCUGACUUGUGGUCUAUAUAUGUUAUUGCUUUGUAUUGUCUUAGCAUUAGAAUACUAAUCGUCCCCUAGGACAUGCAGGAGUUCGACAACUGAGAUCUGUGUUGACUGAAAUCACAACCACUAGCCAAUAUUUGCCAAUAAAACUGAUCAUACAAA